UCGAGUGAUCUUCCAAGUCAGACAGACCAACCCCACAGAAAGAAAGUUUCCGGCUCCCAAGCACUCCCAAGACAUUUGUGUUCUAUUCACAAAGAGAGAGUGUGUUUAAGAAGACUGUAAAGCAAGCUAUUGCUAACAAUAUGGCGUGUAUGGAUAUACUAAAGAGUGUCCUUCUGGCUGUGAUAUUUGUCAUAUAUCUGGUGUUUGGGGCAUUUGUUUUCCAAAGACUGGAGAAGGAAGCAGAAGAUACUGCAAAGUCCAACACAUAUCUACACAGACUGGAUUUCCUGAAAAACUACACGUGUCUAACCCAUGACGCCUUGGAUCAACUAGUUAACGUUAUUGGAGAUGCAGUUAAACAAGGGAUAAACCCAUUGGCCAAUUCAACCGAAAACAGUCAAACGAACUGGGAUUUCAGCAGUUCAUUUUUCCUGUCUGGGACCGUGGUAACAACGAUAGGAUAUGGCACGAUAGCCCCCCGAACGGCAGGUGGCCAGAUCUUCUGCGUGUUUUAUGCCUUGUUUGGGAUUCCAUUAAAUGUAAUUGUUCUAAGUCAAGUUGGUCAAAAUCUGUCCACGUGGUGCAAAAAGUUGGGAAAAUGCUUAUUUAGCAGAGGAGUGAAAAAGAAAACGGCAAAAAUUCUGACAAUAAUAUUUUUUCUGGUGAUUGGAAGUAUUGUCUUUAUAACGAUACCUCCUUUAAUUUUUUCAUUUACCGAAGGCUGGAGUUACCAGGAAGGCAUUUACUACGCGUUUAUUUCACUCAGUACGAUUGGCUUUGGUGACUAUGUAGUUGGUUAUGAGUCAGAUAGCCACCGCAUGUUUCCAUUCUUUCGUGUGUUGGUGUGCUUUUGGAUAAUGUUCGGAUUGGCAUGGCUUUCACUUCUCAUUAAUUUAUUGACUUCAUUGUUUGAGGAUACAGAAAAGAAGAUAGUAAAAAAUUUGCACAAAAAGGUAAAACAGCACAGAGCGCAUGAAGAGACCCACUUGGAACCAGUCCACACAGAUCCGGAGGACGCCAAGGUCUUGAUAAUGGAUAAAGGAAAGAGUUCCAGCAGGAGAUCGAAUAUGAGUGACAAUGACACCAGUGAGGUGUAGAGCUUAAACAAAUAUCUCUAUUCUUUAUCUGAACUCCACACAAAAUACAAUUCACAGGAAGUUUUAUUUUAACAACUGUAACAUUUCCUGCAUUGUAUCUCGUUACCUGUACAUCAUUGUUGAUGAAUCUCACCUUGGGAGAGGAAAGGAUUGAAGAAUGGUAUCAGAGUCAGUAUGUCUGUAGGAACAAUCUAGGUGAUCUGGGUUUUCACUAAACAGUGAAUUAUGAUUUACAAAAAUAUAUAUCUGAAAAAUUAAAGUGGACCUGCCACUUGCGGGGUGUCUGCAUGUGACAUGUUAGGUAGAUAAUGGUGCCGGGGGUGGAGUGAGGACCAUGUUUGGGGAUAUACUCACCUGAAGUUCUCCUUUUUAGUGUUACCAUAGAUUUCUACUGAACAUCACGUAAAAAGGUGCUAGAACAUAUAGAUUUUAUUUAAAAAAUCAAUUAUGGUCUUUCCCCCAACCUUUCAUUCAAUUCUUUGUCAUAGACCUCUAUGCUGAUGAACUCAGUGACAGGACAGCAGAAAACCUAGGUGGGCUUUCUUGCUCUCGGACUCGGCUAUUCCCCCUGAAAAUCUUUGUCUUUGUUACUGGUAGAAUAUAGGAAUGGAGUGACUGAUGUUACUCAGCUCAGUGCUCUUAUACCGGCAGUAACACCAGUGUGUUGAUGUCAUGAAGUAUCGCUCUUCUGCCGUUCUGUUUGCUUGUGCGAUGUUGUUGAGUGACUUUGCACAUGUGUGCUUUGUUAGAGGCAUUGCGCCGCUUGCAUUUGCCAAUUGCGUUCCACCUACAGCUUUGUCGUUUAUUAUUUUGGCUCCAUGCUCUAUUGCCUGCUCCUAUUGACUGCCACGAUUGGAAAUAUAGGGUAAGUAGUUAUUAAUACUAAUUGUUUUUUUGUAUAUUGUGUAUAUAUAUCCCUG